UUAAGGCGUCGAGGCCUCGCCUGCCCCGCCUUAGCUCCCGCGCUAAAGAGAAACAUGUAUCGUUUCCGAUCACAGCUCUUCACGGGGAUUUCUGCUGCCGCCACCGCCCACUCUUACCCCCGCCGUUUCUCGCCUCUGUUGUUAGCCGAAGACUCGCCUCUCAGCCGCCCGCCGCACAGACGCACGAGUAAAAAGUGCAGCUCCAUCGGCUGAUCCUCGCUAAGCUCCGACUCUAGGCGGCACCGGGCGUCCCACGAUGCCGAAGAACAAGAAGCGGAACACUCCCCACCGCGGUGGCAGUGCUGGCGGCGGCGGCUCCGGAGCAGCUGCAGCGGCGGCGGCGACAGCAGGUGGCCAGCAUCGAAAUGUUCAACCUUUUAGUGAUGAAGAUGCAUCGAUUGAAACAAUGAGCCAUUGCAGUGGUUAUAGUGAUCCUUCCAGUUUUGCUGAAGAUGGACCAGAAGUCCUUGAUGAGGAAGGAACUCAAGAAGACCUAGAGUACAAGUUGAAAGGAUUAAUUGACCUGACCCUGGAUAAGAGUGCGAAGACAAGGCAAGCAGCUCUUGAAGGUAUUAAAAAUGCACUGGCUUCAAAAAUGCUGUAUGAAUUUAUUCUGGAAAGAAGAAUGACUUUAACUGAUAGCAUUGAACGCUGCCUGAAAAAAGGUAAGAGUGAUGAGCAACGCGCAGCUGCAGCAUUAGCAUCUGUUCUUUGUAUUCAGCUGGGCCCUGGCAUUGAAAGUGAAGAGAUUUUGAAAACUCUUGGACCAAUCCUAAAGAAAAUCAUUUGUGAUGGGUCGGCUAGUAUCCAGGCUAGGCAAACUUGUGCAACUUGCUUUGGUGUUUGCUGUUUUAUUGCCACAGAUGACAUUACUGAACUGUACUCAACUCUGGAAUGUUUUGAAAAUGUCUUCACUAAGUCCUAUCUCAAAGAGAAAGACACUACUGUUAUUUGCAGCACCCCUAAUACAGUGCUUCAUAUCAGCUCGCUUCUUGCAUGGACACUACUGCUGACCAUAUGCCCAAUCAAUGAAGUGAAGAAAAAGCUUGAGAUGCAUUUCCAUAAGCUUCCAAGCCUCCUCUCUUGUGAUGAUGUAAACAUGAGAAUAGCUGCUGGUGAAUCUUUGGCACUUCUGUUUGAAUUGGCCAGAGGAAUAGAGAGUGACUUUUUUUAUGAAGACAUGGAGUCCUUGACGCAAAUGCUUAGGGCCUUGGCAACAGAUGGAAAUAAACACCGGGCCAAAGUGGACAAGAGAAAGCAGCGGUCAGUUUUCAGAGAUGUCCUGAGGGCAGUAGAGGAACGGGAUUUUCCAACAGAAACCAUUAAAUUUGGUCCUGAACGCAUGUAUAUUGAUUGCUGGGUAAAAAAACACACCUAUGACACCUUUAAGGAGGUUCUUGGAUCAGGGAUGCAGUACCACUUACAGUCAAAUGAAUUCCUUCGAAAUGUAUUUGAACUUGGACCCCCAGUGAUGCUUGAUGCUGCAACACUUAAAACGAUGAAGAUUUCUCGUUUUGAAAGGCAUUUAUAUAACUCUGCAGCCUUCAAAGCUCGAACCAAAGCUAGAAGCAAAUGUCGAGAUAAGAGAGCAGAUGUUGGAGAAUUCUUCUAGAUUUUCCGAACUUGAAGCCUAUUUUCUAAUUUCUGUUUUUUUUCUAUUUCAAUGUAUUUAAACUCUUGAGACGGUUUUUAUCUUGGAUUAACUUAGAUAACUUUUGUAGUAGGAAUUAUAUUGCUUAUAAUUUAAUGUACAGUAUUGAAACUGGUGAGUUCUAAUUAUUAAAUAUUCUCUGUAAAUCAGUAAACAUGUAUAAAGUGUUUGUAAUGUCAUAAGUGGUCAUAAUUUAUUUACGAAGACAGCAAAAAAGUUUGAUUUCAUGAUGGGGAAAACUAUUAGCCAAAGUUUAAUUUCUUACACUGUGGUUGUCAAAAAUACUGAUUUACUAUAAUGAUAUAUACAUACAAGAUAUUUAACUUAAUAUCUUAGACAAGAGUUCUGGAUACAAUUUUGGGAUCUAGUUCCCUGGAAAAGCUGCUGUAUUUUUAAUUUUUAAUGGAAUGUAGCUUUUCAAAUCCUGUCACUGGCAUCAACAAAAGGAAUUAUGCCAUGAGACCUUACAGUUGUACUUAAAAGCCAUUCAGUUCAGCUAUUGGGACUUCACGAUGAAUUAGCAUAUGCCAGAAAGGUUGCUAACCUUAAUGUCUGAGAGCAGUAACACUGAUUUUAUCUGCUGUAUGAGACUUUGUGCAUUUUACUUUGAAAUAAAGAUUUUUUUCACACCGAAAGUGCUUCUCUUCUAAUAGAAGAAACAUUAUUUAUGGCUUUGAGGUACAGAGUCCAAAAUGACUAGGCCAGGUAGGCAGGGAGACAAAACUUUAUGUGUGUAUUUGCAAACAUUAAAGUAGAUGAAAAGAAUGUAGCAAUACGUAAUUGGGAUUAAGGUUUCUGACUUUCGAGAAUCUUGCUGCUUGGCAACUUGCAGUGGCUCAUGCCUGUAAUCGGCACUCGGAGGCUGAGGCGGGAGGAUGGCGUGAGCCCAGUUUGAGACCAGCCUGGGCAACAGCGAGACCUUGCCUCUACCAGAAAUUUGAAAAAUGAGUGUGGUGGUGUGUGCCUGUACUCUUUAUCUACUUGGGUGCUGAGGCAAGAGGGUAACUUGAGCCCAGGAGGUCAAAGCUGCAGUGAGCCGCGAUUGUGUCACUGCGCUCCAGCCCGGGUGACAAGAGUGAGACCUUGUCUCAAAAGCAAGACAGUAAAAGAAUAUUGCUGCUUGUUUGCCCAUGAGGUAUAUUUCUUUCAUUGUGUGAAAAGCGUUUUUGACAGCACGUUCACAUUUAACAAACUUCAGAUUGAAAUACAUAAUGCGAGCAACGUGCCAUUUCAAAUCCAUAGACUUGUUUCUUUGAUACUCUUGCUGUAGAUCACAGUGAGGGGUAGGGAAGCAUAUACACUGUAGGGAGAAGUAUCAAAAUCAUUUAAGGUCUUUUUUCCAAACUAAUGUUCCUCUCCAACAUCCAACAACUCUUGGAAGUCUGGUGCUCCCUCUAGGUGAAAAUCAUUUGCUGUCGUAUGGAGUCACUGUUACUGAGUUCCAUCCCCCAGUUACAGUACAGUGGAAAACAGGUUUAGAAUCUAGAACUUGUUUGUAUGCUGUCACUUGGUUAUAUUCCAAGUAGGUUAGAACCAUGGAAAAGAGAUUGCAAAUGUAUAGUUUCUUCUAAAUAUUCAAUUGCAUAUAUGUAUGUAUAUGUAAUUAUAAAUAAAAAUGAAUUUUUAU